AUGUCGAACAACCCAGAGAUCGGCGAGCCCAUGGUGGGCAUCGAGGAGCACCCGGCGGCGGCGGCGGGAGAGCAGGCGCAAGCCGAAGACGACGCUCAGGCCGUGGCUGGCUGGCCGAUGAAGCUCACGCUGAGGCCCAAAGAGCCCCCAAAGCCCCCAAAGCUGCUGAAGACGAUGGCGAAGCAGAGGGUGGCACUGGGCCUGAGAGGCGGCACACGCUUCCGGCCGAAAGAGCAGCAAGAGGAGAAGGAGGAGCCGAAGAAGGGACGGUACCGGGAGAAGAUGAGACGCGCACGCCAGCGAUACCGGCACAACAAGGCCCAGCGGAAGCAAGAAGAAGAGCAAGAAGGAGAAGAAGACCAAGAAGAAGAAGAAGAAGAAGAAGGCGAAGAAGAGGAAGAAGAGGACACCGAGCACUCCCACGGCGUGGAGUGGGCCGGGGAGACGCCGACGGUGACCUUCGACGUUCGUGGUGGAAAGACCACCUAUCGCGUGGGCGGAGAGUGGGGAGCUGGCACCCACCUUAGGAACUGA